AUGGAGACAAGUCUCCAUCCGGAGACUCCGGUGAUUCAGUUUCCACAAAUAAACUCAUGUCCGCCGUCGCUCCAGGGCACAACGCUGGGCCCUCAAUGGGAAUGGAACCACAACCCAGACUCCAGCUACUACAGCGUAAACAACGGCCUGACACUGAAGACCGCCACCGUGACCACCACCCUCUACGCAGCCCGAAACACCCUGACGCACCGAAUCCUAGGUCCAGACUCCACCGCAACAAUCGAGCUCACAAUCAGCAGCAUGAAAGCCGGAGACCGGAGCGGCCUCGCCAUGCUCCGCGACUCCUCCGCAUACGUCACCGUCAUCAACAACGGCGGCGUCUUCCGCGUAAGCAUGGUCGCAGGACUCACGAUGGACGCCAGCUGGAACACCCUCUCAACGGGCUCCGAGGUCGCGGGCGUCAACCUCUCAGGGAGCCCGUCCAAGAUCUGGCUGCGCGCAUACGCCAACAUCCAGCCCGGCAGCGGCAGGACGGCGUCAUUCUACUACAGCACAGACGGCUCCAGCUUCCAGUCUAUUGGGACACCGUACACGCUAAACAAUACCUGGGAGUUCUUCAUGGGGUAUCGGUACGGCAUUUUCAAUUAUGCUACUGCGUCGCUUGGUGGGAGUGUGCUGGUUAGCUCUUUCGAGAUGGAAAGCGGCGCUCCGUCCUCUGGCACGACCACAACCACAGCCUCGCAGCCAAGUACCAUCACCACUGCUCCGACUGCUGGCGCUACUCAAUCCAAAUGGGGCCAGUGUGGUGGCAGUGGCUGGACGGGCCCGACCGCUUGUGCGAGUGGCUCGACCUGCUCAUCGGCGAAUGCGUGGUAUUCCCAAUGUUUGUAG